AUGAGCACAAGAAGAAACGCAGGCAGAAGAGUUGAAGAAGCACUUGCAGGAGGAAACCAAGAUCCUCCUCAAGUCCCAGCUGUUGGAGAGCAAGUGCCUGUCAACCCAAUUGCGUUGACGAAUGGAGAAGUGAGAACAACACUGGUUCAGAUGGGCCAAGCCAUCACUAUUCAGGCACAUGCUAUCACAUCCCAGACCACUAGAGAGAGUGCUCCCUGGGAGAACCUACAUGCUAGCACCAUGGCUAGCAGACAGAGAGAUUUCACCAGAAUGAAUCCUUCAGUCUACUUUAGGUCUAGAACUAAUGAGGAUCCCCAGGAGUUCGUGGAAGAGGUUCAUAAGAUUCUCUGUGCUAUGGGUGUUAAUGAAGAUGAGAAGGCUGACUUGGCUUCAUACCAGCUCAAGGAUGUGGAUCAGCGGGGAUCUGAUGAGCAAGUUUGUGAUGGUGUAUCAGAGGAUACGGAGGAGGAAUAUCGGUCAUUUAUGUUGCAUGAUAAUAUGGACCUUGCUAGGUUGACGGUACAUGCACAACAGGUGGAGAAGAGUCGUCGGAUGAAGAGAGGCCGAGUAGGCAAGAAGCGUAGUCCCUCGGAUCAGGCUAGUUCUAGAACUGUUAGGAGGGGCAAGUCUGGCCCCAAGAAGAGUAAUGAUAGAAUUGCCCAGCGUGACAAUAAGCCGUGUGGUAAGUGUGGCCGUUUGCAUGGAGGUGAGUGCCUGGUAGGUUCUAAUGCCUGCUAUGGGUGCAGCAAGAGUGGGCACAUAAUCAGGGACUGGCCACAUAUGAGGAAUCAGGCCAAGGCAGAUAAUCAGCCUCGGCCUAAUCCUGCUGCUGCAGUCGAACCUCUCAAGAGGAACAUGUUUUAUCCUUUGAAAGGUAGAGAGGAACAGGAGAAGUCAGCUGACGUGGUUACUGUUAGUAAUCCCACAGGAGACACAAUUAGAGCCGAAGAGUAUAUAGAGAUUGCCCAAUAA